CUUGUGCUUUUGGUAACAAAUCUUGUUUUGAUGCCAUUUUUUCUCUUGCCUUGUUUGUUGCUGUUUUCGUCACAACAUUAGUGAGGGUGGUGCGUGUAGAAGAAUAAUAAAAAAAACUGCACCCGUGCGUGCAAAAGUGACCAAGUUAAGGGAAGUGAACUGCACAGAACCCGCUAAGCAUGGCGUCCAUCGAGCCCUUGCAAAACAAAACGUGGGAUCUGUCGCUGUACGAACUGCACCGUACACCGCAGGAAGCCAUUACGGACAACACGGAGAUUGCGGUGUCACCGCGCAGCCUGCACAGCGAGCUGAUGUGCCCGAUCUGUCUGGAUAUGCUGAAGAAAACGAUGACGACCAAGGAGUGCCUGCAUCGGUUCUGCUCCGACUGCAUCAUUACGGCGCUUCGGUCCGGCAACAAGGAGUGCCCGACCUGUCGCAAGAAGCUCGUCUCGAAGCGUUCCCUGCGGCCGGAUCCAAACUUUGAUCUGCUCAUUUCGAAGAUCUACCCCAGCCGGGAUGAGUACGAAGCGCACCAGGAGCGUGUGCUGGCCAAGUUCAACCAGAGCCAUUCGCAGCAGGCGCUGGUACACUCGAUAAACGAAGGUAUCAAGCUCCAGUCACAGAACCGACCGAACCGGAAGCAAAAGGGAGAAAACGAUGGAUUGGCACCCGCCAAUCCAACCUCAUCGUCCAAUGCAGCUGCGGCCCCAGCAUCGGCGGCUGCCCCAGCAGCGACAGCGAACGGUACCGGCGAGCCGGGCAAAGAUAAUCAGGUUGCGGGAGGUAAUGCCGCCCCGGCUGGAGCAGGUACGGGCAGCACUGGAUCUGCGACAACCGGUAGUGGUGGUGGCGGCAAUGGUGGAGGUGGAGGCGGAAGCGGGGGUUCAACAGCCGGUGGAGAUCAGAUGCGCCAGUCGUCGAAUCCACCAUCGGUGCGGAGCACCCCGUCGCCGGUCCCGUCCAACAUAAGCUCCGCCAGCAAGGCCAAGCGUGCCCGAUCGGUGCUGACCUCGGAGCGGUCGGAAGAGUCGGAAAGCAACAGCGAGAUGGAUAUGCGGACGGAAGAAAACGACUCGAAUCUCGAUACGGAGGGCGAGGGCAACUCCGAGCAUGGUAGCGACGAGAUCGAGCUCGUCUUCAAGCCCCACCCGACGGAAAUGGCCGGUGAUAAUCCGCUGCUGAAAGCGUUGAAGGAAAAUUCGAUCCGAUACAUCAAAACUACAUCGAAUGCCACUAUUGAUCAUCUCAGCAAGUAUCUGGCGAUGCGCCUUACCCUGGACCUCGACCCAGCCCUGCCAGAAACGUACCGGUUACUGAACUUUUGCAUCUACAUCGCACAGCAGCCGAACCAGCUGGUCGUGCUUAGCGGCAAUCAGACGCUGCAGCAAGUGAAUGAAAAGUUUUGGAAGGUAGUCAACAAGCCGCUGGAGAUGUACUACUCCUGGAAGAAAUCCUAGAACAACCGCACAUGAAGGUGGUAGCAGUAAUUACUGCUAUUUGCAGAUGACCAUUCUACGCUAGCUAUUAAUCAGAUCGAACCUUAUUAUUGUGGGAUAGUGUUAAGGUAAUGAGUAAAUAAACAAUGAGUAGUUUGCACAAGUA